AUGAAAAUAAAAAAGCUUAAAGUACGUCCAAGAAGAGUUGAACAAAUUGGCCCUUGCAUUGCUGAAAUGGCCGCUGUUUUAACAUGCUGGUCUAAUAGCUCAGUAGAUUCUCCUGCUUGCAUGAAAACUGUAGAAGCACUUACUGAAU